AAGUUUAUAAAAGUAUAGUUGUAACACUGGACUCUUAAUUUCCUCAUCGCUCUGGAAAACACAAAUAUAAAUUUAACGUCAAGACUUAACAACGAAAACAUGGCAAACAGGCGUCUCUCUUCACAGCCCCAGCUCCGGCGCUACAGUAUCUACCCGGAUCGACAGGUUCACUUCAACGAGGGUCUAGAAGUGGACGAUUUUACAGAUCCCAGCUGGCAGCAGUCAGAAGAUAGCCUGAACAGUCCUACAUACUCCUACACAGACUUCAGUAUUAGUCCCGAACCAUACCAGAGAAAGUAUUCCACAGCCCUCAAAGUACUGAAGCCAUUCCGACCCCGGUCCAAAGAUGGUAAAAUACCCGUAAAUAAAGCGGGAUUUUUCUCCUAUGUAUUUAUGACAUGGAUCUCGCCACUGAUCUGGAAGAUCUUCCGUCAUCGGCAAGAGGCGCUGAAGGAAGAGGACAUCUGGGCAUGCUCGACUCUGGAGAACGCUAACCUUAAUACAGAGAGACUCACUAGAAUAUGGAAGGAAGAGGUAGAGAAAAGAGGUCCGGAGAAAGCUUCAUUUUUAAGAGUUUGGCUGAAGUUUGCCUGGACUCGCAUCAUGGUCACUUUAGUCAUAAUUGCCUUAAAUGCUGUCUCAACCUUUCUGGAAUCGGGAUAUUUGCUGAAUCUUAUCGUCCAAUAUUUAGAGUCCGAGGAGACGGACCUCUGGUAUGGGGUAGGAUUGGUAGCUAGUAUGGCUGCUUGUCAAAUCAUCAGGGCGACGUCGUUUUGUGUUAUUAUCAUAUUUGGUGUCCAAACAGGUGUGCGUUUCAGAGCUGGUUUGCUGGGAUUAGCUUUUGAUAAAAUGUUGAGGUUGAAAUCUGUACGAGGCAAGCAACUAUCCGAGCUGAUCACUAUUUUUGGUGCUGAUGCUUACCGCGUAUUCCUUAACAACGUGACCUUUGCAUACUUGUUGGCUCUACCUAUAUAUGUAGUCAUAGGCGCCAUCUACACAUAUUACUUGUUGGGACCCUGGAGUUUCACUGCCAUGGGAAUAUUUAUCUUCUGUUAUGUUGUUCAGGCUAGACUGACCACAGUUGUUGCAAAAUUGCGAGCGAAAACUUUAAAGUUUACGGACAAGAGGGUUCGAAAAAUGACGGAGUUGAUCAACAGUAUGAAACUGAUAAAAAUGUAUGCAUGGGAAAAGCCAUUUAAAGCGGCCAUUCAAGAAAUACGAAAAAGGGAAAAGAAGUACCUAUUUCUGUCCUCCAUUUUGAAUUCUAUCAGCACAGCAGUGAUCCCAGUCACUCCGACGCUUGCUUCUGUUGCCACCAUUGCUUCUUACAGAGCCGCAGGAAAUGAACUUUCUGCUUCAACGGCUUUUUCUGUUGUUGGAACCCUGAGCUUUUUACGCGUGAUUGUGGCUUUUAUACCUUUUGCUACAAGGACACUUGGAGAAUCUAAAGUCAGCUUUGCAAGGAUGAAGCGCCAUUUAAAUGCAGAAGAGUACCAGGCACCCUCCGACAAAUGCACAGAUCCGUCUUUAGCUGUAGAAAUUACAGACGCUACCUUCAUAUGGGAUUCAACAGACACAAAUGACGAUGGCAAAAAGAAAACCAAGAAACAAAAGAAAGAAAAAACACCUACAGCGAACCCACGCAGAGAAACUAUCCAUAUACAGAAUAUGACUUUUAAAAGCAUAAAGGGCCAGUUAAUUGGAAUCUGUGGACCAGUGGGGUGUGGUAAAUCUGCCUUUAUUUCAUCAAUUAUGGGAAGAAUAUCUAUGGUCUCUGGACAUCUAGCUGUCAAUGGAUCCGUUGCAUACGCUGCUCAACAAGCCUGGAUAUUCAAUGGUACCCUGCGAGAUAACAUACUGUUUGGAAAACCCUACGAUCAAGAGAGGUACCAAAAUGUUUUAUUUGUCUGUGGACUUCAACCAGACCUUCUGCUACUGCCAAAUGGCGACGAAACAGAGAUAGGAGAUAGAGGCACAAACCUCAGUGGAGGACAAAAACAGAGAGUUAGUCUUGCGCGCGCAGUCUACAGUGACAGCGACAUCUACCUUCUUGAUGAUGUCUUGUCGGCUGUUGAUGUACAUGUGGGACGUCACCUUUUUCACAAUUGUAUCAAGAAAUUUUUAAGCGGAAAAACUGUCAUCUUUACAACACAUCAGCUUCAAUAUCUGAAACACUGCGACGAAAUCUUGGUCAUGCAGAAUGGUGUGUUUGUGGAGCGAGGGAAACACGACUCCCUCAUAUCUUCUGCUGGAUAUUAUGAUUCAAUGAUGAAGCAAUUCCACCAAGUAACAGAUAACCCCUCACGAGCAGCCUCUGACAGCAUCAAACAACAAGAUAAAGAUGAUGAGGAUCAAGGAUCUACACCACAGAAAAAAGUAGAGAAUGGUGUACAAAAUGGAACUAGUGACAAGAAACCGGAAGUAGGAAAGCUCCACAAAGACACGUCAAACAAAGGAAAGUUGACACAGACAGAGGAAAUGCAGGUAGGAGACAUAACAUGGGGAACAUACUACUCCUACAUCAGCGCCAUGGGAGGGAUUUGUGUGGCCAUGUUUGUUGUCUCCUGGAGUACUCUCACUUCCGCUUCCGUAGUGUUCAGUGAUUGGUGGCUAAGUAUAUGGAUCAACACAUUCUUUACAAGCAGUGGCAUUGAUUCUUCGAACUCAACCACAGUCCAGAAUGUCUCUUUGCAAUUAAAUUAUACGGACCAGAAAAUUACCAGUGAAAAUCCAAUUUUCAAUACUACUAUAUCGGACGUUUCCGACUCGUCUUCGGGACUGGAUUUUUAUCUGACAGUAUACGUAUCAUCCAUGGGGCUUAUCAUCCUGAUGAUGAUUGCUAAGGGGUUUAUUGGAGCCACGUAUUAUGUUCGAGCAGCUUGUAGACUGCAUGACAAAGUUUUGACAAAUGUGAUGAAAGCUCCAAUGCGAUUCUUUGAUGCAAAUCCACCGGGAAGAAUUCUGAAUCGCUUCUCAAAGGACUUGGACGAAGCUGACGUUUUCUUGCCACAGCUUCAGGACACAUUAUUCCAAGUCUCUACAUCCAUUGUGGUCUCUCUGGUCUCCGCUGUUGUUAUUAUGCCUUGGAUCGGUAUUGCGAUUGUACCAGUAGCUAUUUUCUUUUACAUCUUCAAAAUCGUUUCUUCUGUCUCAGUCCGUCAAUUCAAACGUUUUGAAAACAUAACCCGGUCGCCAUUACUUAGUCACGUGAACACUUCAGCACAAGGUUUGAGCACCAUCGUCUCCUUCCAACAACAAACAAAUUGCAUACAAAGUAUCCGAACUUUCACUGAUGUCUCUACCGUGGCCACAUUUUUAAUGGAUUCUGCGAUGCGCUGGAUUGGGUUGCGACUAGAUCUCGCAGCAUCGUGCAUCACUCUUACCACAGCUUUAUCGCUGAUUCUCACCAAGGCAUCCACUGACGCUGCACAGGCCGCCCUCGCACUAACACAAUGUAUUAAGGUUGUAUCAGUUAUGCAGUUCAUGAUUAGAGUUCUAAACGAGGUAGAAGCCAGAUUUACAUCAAUUGAACGUCUUCACCAAUAUGAGAAGUUGGAAUCGGAGAGUCAGACAUUUACAGACACACCUGCCGAAACUUGGCCUAACGAGGGACGGAUUAUUUUCUCUAACGUUCAGAUGAAAUAUCGCGAUGACAUGGACCCAGUUCUUAAUGAAAUUAGGUUCGAUAUUCAUCCGCGUCAGAAAGUUGGAAUUGUUGGUCGCACAGGAGCAGGCAAAUCAUCGUUAGCAGCUGCAUUAUUUCGCUUAAACGAAUUGUCCCGUGGUCACAUAUACAUAGAUGGUGUAGACAUUGCCAAUGUCUCUCUACAUCUUCUUCGCUCCAAGCUUUCUACCAUACCACAGGACCCGGUCCUAUUCGCUGGUACCAUGCGAUAUAAUUUAGAUCCCUUCGGCCAAUACACCGAUGAAGUUAUGUGGGCGGCUUUGGAGGAUGUCCAUAUGAAAGACAAGGUUAAACAAUUUGAUAACGAGUUGGAUUAUAUGAUAGAAGAAAACGGAGAGAAUUUUUCAGUAGGAGAACGUCAGUUGAUAUGUUUAGCAAGGGCUAUCUUACGGAGGAACAAGAUUCUGCUCUUGGAUGAGGCCACAGCGUCCAUAGAUACGGCAACAGACGCAAAAAUCCAGCAGACGAUAAGAGAGAGUUUCGCAGACUGCACGGUCCUCACCAUCGCUCACCGCCUCAACACGGUCCUCCAUUGUGAUCUCAUCAUUAUCAUGGACGCCGGAAGGGUAAUGGAGAUGGGUUCCCCACAGGAUUUGUUGUCGGAUCCAAACUCUUACUUCAACACAAUGCUGUCAGCACAGACCGUCAAAACACCGUCACCUUGAGGUCAUAGUGUUGUGGUUAAAAUGAUGACUCUUACUUUGUCAUUAAUAAAACAUUGUCAAAAACCUG